AUGAAGUUUGAAACGCCCUCUCGAUUCAAGUUCACGCCAUAUCUCGAACGAGAGUACCAAUUCGGCCUAGACCCCAACCGGCCAUUAUGUCGAGGGUUCCUUCAGUUUGACGGAUGUCCUCGAGGCAACUCUUGUCCUGACAAGCAUCUGGCUCCCACAUUUCUCAACAAGAUUGUGUGCAAACAUUGGCUACGAGGCCUGUGCAAGAAGGGCCUCAACUGCGAGUUUUUGCACGAGUACAAUCUCCAAAAGAUGCCCGAGUGCCAGUUCUAUGUCAAGAACGGCUUUUGCACACAGUCACCAGACUGCCAGUACCUUCACAUUGAUCCCGCUUCCAAGAUCCCCGUGUGCUUCAACUACGAAAAGGGCUUCUGUAAGAUGGGACCCGAGUGCUCAAGAAAACACAUCAGACGCAUGCCCUGCGAGCUGUACAUGACGGGCUUCUGUCCAAAGGGACGGGUAUGCGAGUUUGCACAUCCCAAGUUUGUCGGCAUCUACGACUACAUGAUCAUCAAGCCCAAUCCCAAGGACAAGGCCAAGGACGAGACCAAACAGGAGACCAAGGAGGAAGCAUUACAAUAA